AAUCAGCUGUUGGGUAAGAGAAGUGCACGAAAUGUAACGAACCCAAAUCACAACAACAGUCAUCUUCAUUAGUGUGAGCUCAAACUUCAAUCUCUCUCUCACCUGAAAACCCUAAAGGCCUAAGCUUUCUUCAAUCUCCUUUCCAAUGGCGCGCAAAUCUUCCCUUCUCAAACGAGCAGCAAUCGCCGUCGUCUCCGUGAUCGCAAUCUAUGUAAUUCUCAACGCCUCCGUGAGCCGUUCCCUCCCUUCCUCAUCCGAUCUCCCUCGCCAGCUAAUCCGCGAAGAAGAUGAUGAUGANAUCGGAUCUUGGACCGGGUCAAGAAUGCGGCUCGCAACACUNGGUGUCAUCGAGCAGCACUCAAUCGCUCGCGGCGGAGUCAAGAAGCCCGCCGAUGACGUCACCGCGCUCAAGUAUCCGGGUCAUCAGCAUAUGCACGAGUGGUAUCUUUUCUCGGAUCUGAACCGACCCGAAGUCGAUCGAUCCGGGUCUCCGAUUGUCCGUGUCUUGGAUCCCGCCGACGCUGAUCUCUUCUACGUCCCGGUGUUCUCUUCCCUCAGCUUAAUUGUGAAUGCGGGUCGACCCGUUGAACCCGGAUCCGGUUACAGCGAUGAGAAGAUGCAGGAAGGGUUGAUGGAGUGGCUUGAGGGCCAAGAGUGGUGGAGGAGGAACGGUGGCCGAGAUCACGUGAUACCCGCCGGUGAUCCUAAUGCCUUGUAUCGGAUCUUGGACCGGGUCAAGAAUGCGGUUCUGCUCGUGGCGGAUUUCGGACGGCUGAGGCCUGAUCAAGGAUCGUUCGUCAAGGAUGUGGUGAUACCUUACUCUCAUAGGGUCAAUCUCUUCAAUGGGGAAAUUGGAGUUGAGGCUCGCAACACUUUGCUCUUCUUCAUGGGAAAUCGAUAUCGCAAAGAUGGUGGAAAAGUUCGUGAUUUGCUAUUCCAAGUUCUUGAAAAGGAAGGAGAUGUAACAAUAAAACAUGGAACUCAAUCCAGGGAAAACCGACGAGCUGCUACGAAAGGAAUGCAUACCUCGAAGUUCUGUCUAAAUCCUGCGGGUGACACCCCAUCCGCCUGCAGACUCUUUGACUCCAUUGUCAGUUUGUGUGUGCCCGUGAUUGUUAGCGAUGGUAUCGAGUUACCUUUUGAAGAUGUUAUAGAUUAUAGAAAGUUUUCGAUUUUUGUUGAGGCAAAUGCAGCUCUGCAGCCUGGAUUUUUGGUUCAUAUGCUGAGGAAGAUAAAAACCAAGAAGAUCUUGGAGUAUCAGAGAGAGAUGAGAUUGGUAACACGGUAUUUUGACUAUGAUAACCCAAAUGGAGCAGUGAAGGAAAUUUGGCGUCAAGUCUCGCAGAAGUUACCGCUCAUCAAGCUAAUGAGCAACCGUGACAGACGCCUCGUCCUAAGAAACUUAACCGAACCAAACUGCUCAUGUCUAUGCACAAACCAAACCGGUCUUAUCACUUCCAUUUAAACCAAUCUCUUUGUCAACUGAAAGAGACACUUUGGGUUGUGGAGGAGUUUGAACUCUCUCCAUCUCAACUGCUUGACCACCGAGACAUACACAAGCAUUAUUCGCCUCCCCUGGCUCAGCUUCUCCGGUAAGGAAGACAAGAGCAUACGCAUGGCAACAGAUUCAUAAGGAAGAAAUGUUUUUGAAAUCAUUCUUCUUCUGUAGAUUCCAUUAGUAUUCUUGUUCUUGAUAGUGAGUGGCACAUUUUAUACGGACCUAACUGCUAUUCUAUCUUACUCUGUUACUGUACAUGUCAUAAAAGCGAAAACAUAACACACUUGAUUUA